AUGCUCGCAACGCACACGACCGCAGCGCUCCGCCGUCUAACGCUGCACACGCGCCACCUGUCGCCGCGAGAGAGGGUGCUGCUCGACGGGCUGAGGAUAUACAUCGACCUGCGGGCAUCGCGGCGGGACUACGACGAGGAGAGCAGCAGCAACAACAUGCCCAAGGCCGCGUUCUACGCCGUCGCGGCGGGCCGCAAGCCCGGCAUCUACUCGACCUGGGGCGAGGCCGAAGCACAGGUCAAGGGGUUCAACGGCGCGCGGUUCAAGAAGUUUCCGACCGAGGCACAGGCGAGGGGGUUCAUCAGCGGCAAGUCGGAGGGUGCAGCGCCAUCAGCGUCGGGGUCGACACCGUACAGCCGUCCGAGCGGCGACAGCUCCAGCUCCUCUCGUGACUCGCCGCCCCGCGAUGCCCCAGACGGCACAUUACCCCCCGACCUCGCGCUGCUCGCGGCCAAGGGCUUCACGUUUUCGCGCACCCCGCCGCACCGCAUCGUCGUGUACACGGACGGCAGCUCGCUCGGCAACGGCAAGAAGCGGGCGCGUGCCGGGCUCGGCGUGUUCUGGGGCGGCAGGGGCGAGGCGUACGCUGCCAACCUGAGCGAGCGGGUGCCGGGGGAGCCGCAGACGAAUAACCGCGGCGAGCUGCUCUCCAUCAUCCGCGCGCUCGAGACGUGCCCCUAUCCCGCGGUCCCGCUCGAGAUACGCACCGACUCGCAGUACUCUAUCAACUGCAUCACAAAGUUCCUGCCCGGGUGGCUGAAGAACGGGUGGAAGACGUCCACGGGCGAGGUGAAGAACGUCGAGAUGAUAAAGCACCUCCUUGUGCUGCUGCGCCAGCGCGGCCCGAACGCGCAGGUCAAGUUCAAGUAUGUGCGCGGGCAUGCGGGACACGCGGGCAACGAGGCGGCCGACAAGCUCGCUCGCAUGGGGGCCGCGUCGGAAGACGUCGAGGACCGCACCGACUGGCUUGACCCGGACGACGUGGUGCCCGCAAAGAAGAGUACCCACUCAGACGUGGAGGUCGAGAUCGACCCAGCGUGGCUCAUGACCGACGAGGAGAUGCUUAGAUUAGAGCGGUCGCUUGCGGACGAGUAGACUGUAACUUGUAGAUAUAUUGCAUGAGUGCAUGUCCAGC